AUGUGAAUAUUGGCGAAAAAUAUGAUCAGACCUCAUUCAGUCUUGGUUGUAUUCUUCAAUCUUCAAUCUUGUACUUGUUAAAGAACCAGGGCCUGGAUAAACAAUGAAGGUGGCCUCCUCCCUUCACAAUCACACCAGUCCACAGGAUGUGUGGUAUGUUCUGAUUGGAAUCCCAGGACUGGAAGAUCUGCAUACCUGGAUAGCCAUUCCCAUCUGUUCUAUGUACAUUGUGGCUGUCAUAGGCAAUGUCCUCUUGAUCUUCCUUAUAGUGACUGAACGCAGCCUCCACGAGCCCAUGUAUUUCUUCCUUUCCAUGCUGGCCUUAGCAGAUGUCCUGCUCUCCACGGCUACAGCCCCCAAGAUGUUGGCGAUCUUCUGGUUUCAUUCCAGGGGUAUAUCGUUUGGUAGCUGUGUGUCCCAAAUGUUCUUCAUACAUUUUAUCUUUGUGGCAGAGUCUGCUGUUCUUCUGGCCAUGGCAUUUGACCGCUAUGUGGCCAUCUGUUACCCACUGAGGUACACCACCAUCCUCACCUCCUCAGUCAUUGGCAAGAUUGGUACAGCAGCCGUGGUCAGGAGCCUUUUCAUCUGUCUUCCAUUCAUCUUCCUGGUAUAUCGACUUCUUUAUUGUGGGAGAAACAUAAUUCCACAUUCAUACUGUGAGCAUAUGGGCAUUGCCAGAUUGGCAUGUGACAAUAUCACUGUCAACAUCAUAUAUGGUCUGACUAUGGCCCUCUUGUCUACAGGGCUGGAUAUAAUACUCAUCAUUAUUUCCUAUUCUAUGAUCCUUUGCACUGUUUUUCAUAUUCCUUCUUGGGCUGCCAGAUAUAAGGCACUUAACACAUGUGGCUCCCACAUCUGUGUCAUUCUUAUGUUCUACACACCUGCAUUCUUUUCAUUUUUUGCCCAUCGCUUUGGAGGCAAAACUAUCCCUCGCCACAUUCACAUCCUAGUGGCCAACCUCUAUGUGGUGGUACCCCCGAUGCUCAACCCCAUCAUUUAUGGGGUGAAGACCAAGCAAAUCCAAGAUCGAGUGGUUUUGCUUUUCUCCUCAGUGACUAAAUGUUGUUAAAAUGAUGAAUGAUGCUAAAGAGUGCAUAUUCCAGAAUAAAACUCUCUUUUUAAAUGUCUGCCCUGUGAAAAAUAGGAGUAAUAAAAUUUAUCUAGAUGCCCUUAGUGUUUAAAAUGAUGAUAUCCAUAGUGGUUUUCAAUACAUUGGUUAAUAUUCCAGAGAUUGUGGAACUUUUAGUGACUUUUCAGUGUGUAUUUUAAGUUAUUUUAUACUUGAAUAUAAAUAACUGUGAAGAAUACAAUUUUUUAUGUAGAGAAAAGACAUGAAAACAAAAAGCCAUUGAAUAUCUUAAAAUUAUUUUUAUUAAUUCUUUGAGGAUUAUGUACAUUGUAUUUUGAUCAUAUUCCAAAGUGAGUCUUAUUUUCUGCUGAAAUGUAAAAGCAUUUCUAUGCCCACUGGCAGAUGCGUGGACCAAUAGCACAAAGCUCUAUAUUAUGAUAUUUUUGUCAGCACUUAUUUUCUAUCUUAAAUUACUAUAACAAAAACCACAUAUUUUUAGACUCCCUAAUAUCUCAUUUUUUUUUUAUUUUUCGAGUCAGGGUCUCACUGUGCAGUCCUGGUUGACAUUUAACU